UUUGGUAUAAAAAGGCCAACAAGUACUGGACAAAAUCAGCAGCGAUAGACAAGUACUUACCCCAGCAAGUCAUCCCAGCAUCAUGUCGAAAUCCACGAUUCUCUUUCCAAUUCUUUGCUUACUUUUCGUAUGGACAAAUUUCGUCUGCGCAUUGAAUUACGAUGGUGAACUCGACGAAGUUGUUGGUGGUACUACAGUUUUGAAAGGAGCUCACAAAUACAAGGCGUUAAUUCUGAAAACGAAAGGUGGCGAGACCACUCUGUGUGGCGGGACAGUGAUAAGUGAAAACCAUAUUCUCACGUCGGCCAGCUGCGUUGAUGCGAAACCUUAUGACAAAUUGCAAGUCGUAAUGCGAGUUUACACCAUCGUCCCAAUGGAUUCAACGAGAAUCAUUCGUUACGUUUUAGACAAAGAUAUUCAAAUCCACAAAGAUUACAACAAGAUGACUAGAGUCAACGAUAUCGCUAUUCUGCGAAUGAACUCAACUGUUGACUUGACGCUUAUCGCAAAAGUAACGUUGCCACCAGAGGUAGCACGCAGUCCGUCUUAUGCUGGAACCACUGGAAUAGCCACCGGUUGGGGUCUUACCCUCAGCAAUGGAACGACCGUUGCUCGAUCAAUGCAGCAGGUUAGCUUGCAGAUAAAGGACAAAUCCACUUGUGAAGCCAUUCAUGACAACUACGAUGACACGUUGCAGUUAUGCACGUACACUACUGGGAAAUCCAUUUGCUUGGGAGACUACGGUGGGCCCAUUUUAGUCGGUGGAGUUCAAGUCGGAAUCAGUAGCUACGUUAAAGUUUUCAAUGGUAAACCUGCUUGUGAGAGGGGUGCCGUUUUCACGCGUGUUUCUACCUAUGUCAACAAUGGAUGGAUUGUGGAGAAUAUGCUGAACGGGGAUGAAAUCAAUCCUAUUGUUAUCCCGACAGAACCAACUGUAGCAACAACAGCAAUGCCUGCAACUACCAAAGCAGCAACUCUAUAAACAAGAAAGUUCCACCUUCUGAUUCAACGGCAGUUUUUUUUCCAAUUUUGGUUUAUCUAAUUUUUCUGUUCACCUAUUCCCAUAUUGGCACUAUCCUUGUCUUUGAGAUAGAAAAUAAAAAUACUGGAGCAUCUA